AUGCGCCAGUUUGUGGAUCACAUUUUCUCCUCCUUCUUCGGAGCGACGGGCUGGAACAGAGACAACAGCUACUCGGAGCUGAACGCGACAGCACUCGAACUCCUCAAUUUCGACAUCCCCCACGGCCUCAGCUUCACGCUCUCGUCUCUCGCGACCCCGAAAUUCGCGACAAGCUACCAGCUCGGGACCCUGGGUGCCGUCGACGGCUCCCUCGCCUACCUAUACAGCUCGACGCCCCUCCGAGACGUCGUCGCGCGGUCUGACCGGAUCCCGCUCCCCGCGCUCCUGCGCUCGUACCGCCAACUGAGCGACCCGCUGGGCGUCCGCAAGCAGCAGGCCUGCCCGCCGACCUCGGCGGGUUCGCCUGGGGGCGGCACCGGCGCCCCGGUGGGCGGGAGUCGUGGCUUGCGGGAACUCCUUGAUGGAAAUUACCUGCUCUACGGCCGCUUGUACCUCCCGCAGUCAACCCUCGAGGCAUCCCUCAUCAAGAGGCUCACGCCGGCGUUGCAGGUGCAGAUCGCCGCCGUGAGCGACGGGUCGCUGCGGAAUGGCGGCACAAUACUGGCGUGGACGCAAUACGACCAAGGGAAUUUCGGCGUGGAAGGAUUGGCUUCGACAGAUGGCGGUUUGCUCGGGCUGCGAGGCCUCUACAAUUUCGGCGGAGAUGCCUCACCGACGGGCUCUCCGGCACCGGGAGCUGGCGAGGCCGCAGAAAACGGCAACGCCGUAGAGCGGGAGAGGAUCUAUGGCCGGUUCAGUGUCGGCGGAGAGCUCUACUACGGGACCUUGAACAAGUCUGGAGGCAUGUCGUUGGGGGCACGCUUCGCUACUCUGCCGGCCCACCGGGGAACACCGCUUACGGCAACGCUGACGAUCAAUCCGCUCAUGGGCAACAUCAGUGCCACCUACGCGGUACACACCCGGCAAUACUGCUCGUUGGCGACCAGUAUGAACUUCAACGUCUAUAGUUAUGAGAGCGAUUGGAAAGUGGGCAUGGAGCUGUGGAGCAAAAGACGACCUGGCGGAUUCCUUCUCGGAGUUGAACCCGACCCGACCCCACCGCAACCCCAUCGAGAGGAACGACCGAAGAGGAAGGAGAGGAGUUUCCAGGCGAAACUGGAGUGGCGAUUGGACGAACCGGAGGCCGAGGCGGCCGCGCCGGCCAGCGUCGGAGAUGAGGGCGAAUAUCUGGGUCUGUUGAAAGCGAGGAUCGACCAGAAUCUGAGGAUCGGGCUCCUGUGGGAGGGUCGCGUCCAGUCGCUAAUCUUCAGCCUCGGAACCGGCAUCGACUUGCAUAGGCUGGACCAGGCAUUCCGGACAGUCGGGCUCCAGAUCCAGUACUCGUCGUGA